GCUCACCAAAAGACACCUUUGUGGGACCUGCAGGGCCGCCUUUGACCUGGCCAGCCAUGCUGAUCCUGACCUGCUCUUCCAAGCUGCAGCUGCUGGAGAGAGUGUUGCGAAAGGGGCUCCCCGAAACAAUGCUGGUCUGUGGGGCAGUGAUGCACAUCAACCGUGGAAACCCAGCUCAACACGAAGUCGUGGUGGACUCUUGGCCAGAAUUUAAAGCUGUUCUUACCCGACCACGGAAGGAGGUGGUGAAGGACAACAGGGAUUAUUAUGCCAACCUGCAUGCUGCUUUCUAUCGGGAGGAAGAUGCCUGCAGAACCCUCCUGGAAAACAAAGAUGCCGUAGACUGGGACAAAGCUUUCCAGCUGCAAGGUCUCCAGGAUGGGCUCUAUCAGGCUGUGAAAGUCAUGGCAGAGGCUAGAUGUGUCCACACGGAGCCCUCUUUCUACCAGGCAUUGCUGCACCCAGAUGCAGCCACAUUGUGUCAGAAUCAGCUCAGAAGUGAGCCCCUCCACUUGGGGACACUCAGCCCAUCUGAUGCAGCUCUGGUCAAUGACAGCUGGGAUUUUGCAGGCAAUGAUCGGAGCCUGCGCUACCUCAGGGGCCUGAUUGAGGACUUCCCAAAUGCUUGCCUCCGAGAUCAGGAAGGGCAGCUGGUUGCCUGGAGCCUAAGUGAUGCCAUUGGGUGUCUGACACAUGGCUUUACUCUUCCUGAGUACCGAGGAAAGGGUUGUAUGAAAACAGUAUUGCAGGCACUAGCCAGAAAGUUGCAGGCUAAAGAUUUUGCCUUAUAUGCAGCAGUUCUGCCAGAGAACCAGAACUCCAAGAAUUUUUUAUUUAGUCAGGGCUUUCAUCUCUUGUCUUUGACAAACUAUGCGUUUUUGUUCACUCCAAAUCACCUGAAAUAGUCUGCAGCAUUUUUCCUCCUAGAAUCAGUGGCACCACUACUGGCUUCAUUAGACUGAGAGGUUGGGAGUAUAUUUGAACCUUAGGUUUAAGGGACCGCCUCUUUGGAUCUAUUCAAGAUUAAGUCUGAAAAGAAUCACAAGGACCAAGAAUAGUUCUCAAUGAAUGAACAUUCCAAAAUAGAACACUGGAAAACAGUGACGGCCAACCUUUUGAGCUGAGUAUGUCAAACAUUUAGAAAGUGCCUAACUUAAAUCUGCUGGUGCGUCACCAUCCCACAAACAAAAGAGGAAUAAUUCUCUAUUCCCUCCUCCAUCUAGGCGACCCUGAACAGCAACUCUCAGUGGUGGCUGCUGGAAAGAAGCAGAGAUCUGAGCCUGACCCUCAACCCUAGCAUCACUACUGCCAGUGAAAAUGGUCAUCUCGCAUCAUUCCCCAAAGUUCACAAGCCUUAGGGAAUGGUGCAAUGGCUCUAGUGGCCCAAGACUUCCCUGGAUCUGCCACAUGCCUUUAACAAUAGCAAUAGCACUUAGACUUAUAUACAGCUUCAUAGUGCUUUUUAUAGCCCUCUCUAA